CGAUGUCACUUGUUCACCUAGUAUAUGAAUUUGAAUAUUUUUUUUAAGUUACCCAAAACUUGUAUAUUUUACUUGUGUUUGUGAAUGGCGGGAGGUCCACAUGAGAAGUGGAGUAACCAAAGGGAGUAUCUCCUCUCUUGCUUGGGUUAUGCGGUCGGCAUCGGAAAUCUAUGGAGAUUUCCAUACUUGUGUUAUAGAAAUGGUGGAGGAGCAUUUCUCAUUCCUUAUUUCCUGACGUUGUUAAUAUGUGGAAUUCCUUUGGUUUAUCUGGAGACUACACUGGGCCAGUUUGCCAGUGCAGGGUGCAUCUCAGUAUUCAAUAUAAACCCACUGUUCAAAGGAGCUGGUUACGCUGCAGUGGUUCUAAACGUUAUUGCAGUGAUAUAUUUUUCUUCAAUAAUGGCAUAUCCAGUGCUUUAUAUAUAUCAUUCAUUCAGUUCUCCACUACCGUGGCAGAGUUGCGGCAAUUCCUGGAACACGGAGCGAUGUUCUGAGCUCACAGGCCAUUCAACAUUCUUUGGCUCCAACAGUUCUAUAUCAACUCCUGAGGAUGAAUUUUUUCACAUCAGACUCUUACGGCAAUCUCCUGACAUCACCCACAUAGGCGGCAUUGUUUGGCCCGUGUUCUACUGUAACGUGAUCUGCUGGAUCAUCGUCUACUUCUGCAUUUGCAACGGCGUCAAAAGUGUGGGGAAGAUCGUUUAUUUCACCGUUCUGUUUCCAUAUAUCGUUCUUUGCGUGUUAUUCGUGAGAGGUGUCACCCUACCUGGUGCGUGGGAAGGUAUUUUGUUCUACAUUCUUCCAGAUUGGGGACAGUUAGCUAAACCAAAGGUAUGGGCAGAUGCAGCUACACAAAUUUUUUAUUCCCUUGGACCGGGAUGGGGCGGUCUAGUUAGUAUGGCUAGUUUUAAUCAAUUUCACUAUAAUAACUUGCGGUCUUCAGUUAUAAUACCGCUCGUCAACAGUGGUACCAGUAUUUGGGCCGGUUUCGUGGUGUUCUCCGUGCUAGGCUUCGCAGCCGAGAGGGCUGGUGUGCCUGUGGGUCAAGUAGCCACAGCUGGACCAGGACUGGCAUUUGUCACCUACCCAGCUGCUGUUAGCAUGAUGCCGGCGCCUAAUUUCUGGGCAAUAACGUUUUUUAUAAUGUUGUUCUUUCUGGGCAUAGAUACAAUGUUCGUAACAAUCGAGUCAGUGAUAGCAGGCUUGUUAGACGAAUUCCCUCAGCUCCGAAUUCGAAAACGACUCAUCACAUUUUUGACCUGCGUAGUUCUGUUCUGUCUAUCAAUCAUCUGUAAUACUGAGGGUGGUCUGCACAUCAUAGGUCUGCUAGACUCCCAUGUAGCUAUUGCCUGUGUUCCCAUGGUCUGCCUGUUGGAACUCAUCGCUGCUAUGUACACGUACGGCCCAGGCCGGCUGACCCGUGACGUCAUGUUUAUGGUCGGGAAGCCGCUCCAACCGUUCUGGAUCGUCAUGUGGAGAUACAUCAUACCAGCGAUACUAACGAUAAUAUUCCUUUACUGUAUGCGAGAAGCAUCAGGGCUGGCCGGGUGGACAGUCGCCAUGGUGUCAGUCAUCUUCAUACCCUUGCACGCCAUCAAGGUAUUGUAUAAGGCAGAGGGAUCUCUUCUCCAGCGAAUCCGCAACAGUUGUCAACCCUCCUGCGAGUGGGGGCCAGUCGACCAGGAGAUCAGGCGGAGAUGGGAGGCGGUGCCAGGCCACGUGACGCACGAGAUGAACAACGUCUGUCAAGAUAAACCUUGA